AUGGCUCGAGUUGUUCGUAAUAGCAAAUUUCGGCAUGUCUUUGGUCAAGCUGCUAAAAAGCAAGAUUGUUACGAAAAUAUUCGUAUAACAAAAAGUGCGUGGGAUUCAACAUUUUGCUCCGUUAAUCCAAAAUUUCUUGCUAUUAUAACUGAAUCAGCUGGUGGUGGUGCAUUUCUUGUUUUACCACUUGAUAAAAUCGGACGAAUUGAUCGGGAUGUACCACUAGUUACAGGACAUAAAGCAGCUGUACUUGACAUUGCUUGGUGUCCACAUAACGAUAAUGUCAUUGCAAGUGGGUCAGAAGAUUGUACAGUUAAAGUUUGGCAAAUACCUGAUGGUGGUUUAACAUCAAGUAAUUUAACACAGCCAGCUGUUGAUCUUGUUGCACAUCAACGACGUGUCGGACAAGUACUUUGGCAUCCUAGUGCGCUUAAUAUUUUACUGAGUGCUGGUGGUGAUAUGAAAAUUUUCAUAUGGAAUGUUGGUAAAUCAAUGAUUUUACAAACGAUUGAUUGUCAUCCAGAAGUUAUUCUAAGUGUCUCAUGGAAUUUUACUGGUUCACGCAUUGUUACAUCGUGUAAAGACAAAAUAUUUCGUAUUAUUAAUCCACGUACUGGUCAAAUCGUUAAAUCCGGAAUGGGUCAUCAAGGAGCUAAACCUGCACGAGCUAUUUAUCUACGUGAUGGUCGUAUAUUUUCUACUGGAUUUUCGAGAAUGUCAGAAAGACAAUAUGCCCUUUGGGAUGAGGAUAAUUUGGGUAUUUCUUUAACAAUGGAAGAACUCGAUUCAUCGAAUGGUAUUCUAUUCCCUUUCUAUGAUGAAGAUACUAGUUUAAUUUUUCUAUGUGGAAAGGGUGAUUCAACUAUUCGAUAUUUUGAAUAUACACCAGAUGCGCCUUACAUACAUUAUAUUAAUACAUAUUCAUCAUCGGAUCCUCAGCGUGGUAUGGGUGUUAUGCCGAAACGUGGAAUGAAUAUUUCAACAUGUGAAAUAGCUCGCUUUUAUAAACUGCUCAAUAAUGGAUUAUGUGAAGUUAUCAGCUUUACUGUACCACGAAAAUCUGAACUGUUUCAAGAAGAUCUCUAUCCUGAUACAGCAGCUGAAGAGCAUGCUAUAACAGCUGAUGAUUGGAUCGAUGGAAAAGAUUCACAUCCUCGAUUAGUGUCUGUUCGUGAUCUUCAUGCGGGUGUAAAAUCUCAAUCAAAUGCUAAUAGUGCUGGAUUAGCUGCUGGUCAUGCUACUCAACACAAACAAGAAAUUGUCUUUGGAAAAUCAUCAACGAAUCAAAAAACAUCUCCAACAUCACCACAAACAAAUGCGAAUAACGGCGGUGCCUCUGUUCAACAAGGACAGCAUGUCGAUAACGAAUUUCUUGAGAAACUUGUCGAAGAAAUGCGUCGAGUGAAAAUAAUUGUUAAAGGACAUGAACGGCGUAUUAAAACAUUAGAAGAACGCUUAUCACAAUACGAAGCACCAGUUGAUGAUCUUGACGAUUAA